AUAAAAUAACAAAAAAAUAGUAACUAGUUCUUCUUUUUAGGUCAAAAUCUACAAAUAAAACGCAAUUGCAAUUGCUUAUCAGCUUAAUGGAAACGCAACCCGCCAUUGCUAGAGGUUUUUUUAAAGGAGACAAAGAGGACCAGACACGAUUUUGGAAAAAGUAGAGUUGGAGCUUAACGCGGCGGGACCACCAGUAAAAAAUAUCGUAGAGUGGAAAAAGGUAUGGUGCGACCAAAAGCGAUAUGUCCGGCAAAAGGCGUCGGAAAACGUGAAGUUGCGGAAAGGAACGGGAGGUGGCCCUAAUAUGGAGAAAAAACUGUCCCCAAGUGAAGAGGCUAUUUUUAAUUUAAUUGGGUUGGAGAAAUAUGUGGAUGGUGUCCUCGUGGAAAGAUUAGGAUUUCAGGUGGCACCUGAAGAUGCGCUUGUUAUUGACGAUGCCGAAGCUCCGUCAUUUGUUUCAGAAGUUGAGAUAUCCGACAUUAUCGAAGAGGAAAAUUUUGUAGAUAUGGUGAUUGCAACCCAGGAACCUCAAGACAACGGCACGGCGGCUACAAGUAAAAUUACAGAUUGUGUUAAAACGGGCAUUAUCACAGAAUUAUGUUCUCCGGUUCCAAAACAAUCAAAAGCCGUUGCAGCUGCCGCCUUGAAAGGGGAAAUAAAAAUGCGCAUAUAAAGACUGCAGCAACCGAUCUAAAAGAGCAACACGGGAGCUUAAAUAAAAUAUCGCAAAGGUUGGACAAGAUAUAUGAUAUUCAGAAAAAGCACUAUAAAGAGAUGGAAUCGCAUCUGAAGGAAGUGAACCUCAUUAAGAAGGAAAAGAUAGAAGAAAUGAAGAGACACAAUUAUGUUAUGGAAAAAAUGAGAAGAAAAGAAAUUGAAUACAAAUUGGAAAAGAAUAGACGAUUGAUGGAAAUAGAAGAUCUAAAAGUUCGUAAAAGUAAUGAUGGACAAAUGCAGUGCGACUAGUGUAUAUACUGCAAGAGUAUUUUUUUUUAUUGGAUUGCCUUAAAGUACUAAGUACCUGAGUAUUUAUUUUUUAUUAAUAACAUUACCAAUAGUUACAUUGAAGUACAAAUUGCUUAAACAUAAGAUGUUCUACAUAUACAGCGCGGUAAAAGAUAGCACAUCAAUAUUUUGGCCAGUUUUGACAAAUUUUCUUUUGCUAUUUUUAAUGUACAUAUAUUCAUUUUUUUAUUAAAGCAUACAUCAUUAGCAAAAACCAUAAAAAAUGAAAUUCUGAAUAUUGUACAAAAGUUGUAAAAAAUCCACAAACUUUCCAUUCGAAUACCAAGCAAUUUAAUUAGAAUUUCUAAUUGCAUUUUUGGUAUGCAGUUUUAUAGCUUAUUCGAUUUUAGUGCAAUAAAG